UGCUUUCUCUUCCCUCCCAAUUUUCUCUCUUUUUUUUUUUUUAUUUUAGUUUUUGGUCUCUGACCUAAUUGUCUCUCUCCUGUUCUCAUCAAUAUCAUAUCACCACUCAUCUCCACCAAGCACCCUCCACAACCUAGAGAAGAUCCCUCUAAAUUUAGUGGGUCUUUCUCAUCUUCUUUUGCCCCUCCACCAGCUAGAUCUGUCUAUAGACUCAUUGUUUGACGAAAAAACACACUGGGAAGUUUUGGCAUAGCUGACUCUAGAGGAUAAUCAUCAUCAUCUAGCAGAGGAGAGAGAGAGAGAGAGUUUUUUUGAUCAGGAUGACUCCAGUUAAUUUGGCAGGUCAGUUUGGUGACACCACAUACACCAAAGUGUUUGUUGGAGGAUUGGCUUGGGAGACUCAAAAAGAAACCAUGAAGAAGUAUUUUGAGCAAUUUGGUGAGAUCUUGGAGGCUGUUGUCAUCACUGACAAAGCCACUGGAAGAUCUAAAGGCUAUGGAUUUGUUACUUUUCGGGAACCGGAAGCUGCCAUGAGAGCCUGCGUGGAUGCUGCUCCUGUAAUUGAUGGUAGGAGAGCUAACUGCAACCUUGCUUCUUUGGGUGUCCAGAGAUCUAAGCCUUCAACGCCAAAGCAUGGUGGAGGAGGAGGAGGAGGGAGGAACUUUAGGGUAAUGAGUUCAUUCCAGACAGGAUAUGGAGGGGGAGUGGGAUCGGCUUUUCCUUCAGCAGCAACCUUCCCUCAUUAUGCCAUCCAGCAAGGAAUACCUUAUAAUGUUUAUGGGUACUCUCCUUACUCGCCGGAUUACACUUACCCUACGAGCUACUAUAGUGUGUAUGGAGGAGCAACGGCACAGUACCCAGUUUAUGGAACGGGACCAGGAGGGAUGAUGACGGGUGCUGCAGCAGCGGCAGCGUUUUACCCAUAUCUGCAAUACGGAGGAGAAGGGAGUGGCGCCGCCGCCUCAACCGGCGGUUAUAGUUCCGGUCAGGGUUACGGUGUGAACUACCCGCCUCAGCUGUUUCAGUAUUCUCCGAUUGGUUCAACUGGUGGAUACGCGCAGCACUAUGGAACACCCAUGUCUCUUGCACCUUCCCCUGCUUUGCAAUCAGUGUGUUUUGCUGUGCCACAGGCGUGACAAUGGCUCUUCAAGCUCCGAUUCCUCAUCGCUAGAGACUCAUCUCAAACUAGCUAUGUCAAAACUUCCCAGUUGUCUCUCAUCAACGUACCUUUGGCCUAACCAUGGUGUUCUCUUUCACACACACACACGCACUCCUUUCACUAACACCAACAAGUCCAUCAAUGGCAUUUGGGCUUUUUCCACGCAUAAAAAAGAAGGCCCCCCAUAGGGGCUAAUUAAAUGUUCCUCCACAUUUGGAGAGUCAUGCAUGUCUAUCCUCUUAUUCCUUUCUCAGAAAAAAAAAAUGUUGCAUCUUUUUUGAAUGAACGGUUCCUUGAUGAUCAAGAGAACCAAAAUCACCAACACAAGCUAUCGGAUAUAGUUGAGUUGGAUGAAAAAUGAAUGGCAAUGGCAAGGCUUAGCCCUGGAAAGGCUAAAGCCAAAGAACCAUCUUGUUAACUUCAGCCCAAGACGGGCUGAGUGAAAAUACAGAAUGGUUUCAAAAAUUGUAAUUAAAUAUGGAGAUCACACAUAAUAGGUAGCUCAUCAACUAGAAAUUAAGUAAUUAGUUCUGCAAAAAUUGGUAUUCCCUCCAAUCAGUACUGCUAAUCACCUCUGGAUGAAGAGGUGAUUUUAGCAAUCAUGGACAUUGGAUGUCCCAGCUUUUUUGUAUGGUAACAUCUAGCUAGUCUUAGGCUUUAGCAUUAGGAUCAGUCAUGUCUUCAUAAAUGCUUUAUUCAUUUUUCUUUCACAAAGAAAAAGGGUUUAACCAACCAAUCAAUUAACCAUCGAUCUUCCCUUUGGGUAAGGGGAGGCAAUAACUAACUACUGUUUUUUACUUGUAAAUUCAUUGCGGCUAAACUGUGGGAGUUUAAGCCCAAUUCACUAAUCUUUAGGAGGGUUAGUGUUUUGUUUUUGCACUUAGCGUAUGUAGUAGUACAUUUCAUCAUCAUCUUGAGAACUACGUCAAUGGAUGUGGAACUCAAAAAACCUUGCAUGUAACCCUGGGAGAUAUUUUGGUUCCCUCGGGCGCUUCACUUACUCACCAACCAUGGUUAGGACAUAGGUGAAUCUCAUCACUCUCUCUCUCUCUCUUUCUCGAUCACUUCCUUUAUGUCUAUUUCUGGCAACUUUUACAUCGAGAUGGACCAUGAUACUCUUUAUUAAUUAUUUGUUUAAGCCUAUAUGGUUUGGAUUGUAAUUAGGAAUGCUGAACUAGGGGGAUUUCAUUCUCUAUCCUUGCUGGAUGAGAAUGGAUUUGCUACUUAUUUUACUAUGUCUUCAAUAUUUUGAUAUUAUGCUUGCUUCUGCUCAAACUAUGUCAAGAUAAUCAAAUC